UGUGGGAGAACAUAUCACGGCUUUAUGUUUAACAGUAGUACAAACUUUUAAACUGAGGUGGACCGACAUACAAAGGAUUACAAAGAAUGAGAAUGGACGACGCUUUGAAGAACCUGACCCCAGGGCCAGUGAUAGGGGGAUUCGUGUUGGUAAUGGCAUUCCUAGCCCCUGGAAUUCUGUACAGACGCAAGAGAAAACGUAGUGACUCCACUCCCGUCACUUACGCCCAAGAUAUCGUGAUACUACAUCAAGCAACUCGAGCCCCUUAUGCACCCAGCCUCAGCCCAUUCGCCAUAAAAUUGGAAACGUACCUGCGCGUCGCUAAAAUUCCCUAUCAGAAUGUGUAUGACAGAAAGCGGGGAUCUAAAGGGAAGAUUCCAUGGAUAGAAUACAAUGGAGUUUCUGUUCCGGAUACAGAAUUUUGUAUCAAGUUUCUCCGCGAGAAACGCUUUAAAGAUAUCAACGAAAAAUUAACUCCAGAACAACACGCCACUGCACGUGCAUUCCAGAGGAUGGUGGACGAGCAUACUUACUGGAUCAUGAUUCUGUUCCGCUGGAUUUAUGACGAAACGAAGGAGGUCAUAAAUCUGUCUAAAUGGUGGAGACUCAAAAUGAUGAUCGUGACGUAUUUGGCGCGAAAACAGACGUAUGAUCAAGGAGUUGGGCGUCACACACAGAAGGAGGUGGAGGAUAUUUUGGAUGGUGACUUCAAAGCAUUGUCACAAUACUUAGGUGACAAACCCUACUUUUUUGGAGAUUCCCCAACUGAAGUAGAUUGUGCUGUAUUUGGACAAUUAUCACAGCUGUUGUGGCAUUUACCACACACAGUUGUACCAACAUUAUUAAAAGAAAAGUAUCCUAAUUUAGUGGAAUAUUGUGAAAGGAUAAAAACAAACUAUUGGCCAGAUUGGAGCAGCUGCGUAACACACGGAGAUAGACAGAACGGCAGACAGGAGAAGUGCGGAUAAACAAAGCGACCAUCCAGUGAUCCAUGUCUUACAAUUUACAGUAUUAAUUAUUGUCAUGUAUCAUUGAACCUAGAAAAAGGUUGUAAUAGAACAUGUAUAUAUAAUGUUGAAAUAUUUCUUUGUAUUAAGAUGAAAGAAUGCAUUUGCCAUGAAUACAUUUUGUAUUUAUUAAUAAAGUAAUCUUUUGUAUAAAUUAUUAAUCUUGGUGCAUGUAUGUAUGAAUGAAUGUGUGAAUCCGUGAUUGAAUAUAUAAAUGUCAUAUCUAAUUCAUUAAUGUAGUUAUGAAUAAACACAGAAUGAUUGGUUUCAUGAAUAGAUAAUAUAGGAAUGAAUGAAUAAAUUAUUGAAUGAAAGGUGAUUUUUUAAUAAAUGAAGUUGAGAUAAAAGCAGAUCUUUUUUAGAAAAAAUAUAUUUUUCAAAUUUCAUAUUCUUCAAACAAUGUUCAAAACGGACAAUGUACAUUAUCUGCUCUCAGACUGUUUUCCGUCACUUAAUAUCAAUCUAUCAAUGUCGGCUUCGCGGUGAAAUCUGUAAAUGUGCUUUCACGUAGUUUAUAGAUCUGUUUUCUUGUCUGUUUUACUCCUCGUUUUGAAGUAAGUUUUUUUUAAAUUGCGUUUUUACGUAAUAUGAAUUAGUAUCUUAUAUGUGUAGUUAGCCGGAGUUUCUUCUUUAAUUUACAGUGCUGGAAUUAGAAGGUUUGUGUGUUUAUAUGAGUUAUGUUUUCAUUCUUGU